AUGAAGGCUAGGGCAGGAGUUACACUUCUUGGGCUCAUUCUACUCAUGAGCUUCAUUGGCUUAUGCUUUGGUGACCUGCAAGUUGGGUUUUACAACAGAAAAUGUGGAUUCAGAGAUGUCGAACAAAUCGUCGGAAAUGUCGUCACCACACAAUUCAUCAAGGACCCAACCAUUGCUCCUGCUCUCCUUCGCUUGCAGUUCCAUGAUUGCUUUGUUAGGGGUUGCGAUGCAUCGAUCCUUUUAGAUGGAAAUACGACCGAGAAGACUGCAUUUCCCAACCUAAGCUUGAGAGGAUUCGAUGUCAUCGAUCAAGCAAAGGCUGUUGUGGAGAGAGCUUGUCCCGGUUUAGUUUCUUGUGCUGAUCUUAUCGUUAUGGCUGCUCGUGAUGCUGUUUUCUUGGAUGGAGGAGAGAGAUACAAUGUACAAACAGGGAGAAGGGAUGGCUUAGUAUCACUUGCCAGUGAAGUCAAUCUCCCAAGCCCUUCAGCAUCGAUCUCUCAAGCCAUUGCAGCAUUUGGAAAUAAGGGACUUAGCCCUACAGACAUGGUUCUCCUGCUUGGUGGUCACACUGUGGGAGUUGCACAUUGUUCACUCAUCUUGGAUCGUCUCUACAAUUUCCAGAACACAGGAAAGCCUGAUCCGACCAUGGACCCUUCCCUAGUCUCAAUUUUGAGGCUCAGUUGCCCACAGAAUGCAACGAAGGACAACACAGUUAGUCUAGAUCAGAACCAGCUAAGUACAAACCUGUUUGACAAUUCAUAUUAUGGGCAGUUGUUGAGAAACAGAGGAAUUCUACAGAUAGAUCAAGAGUUGGCAUUGGAUCCUCAAACUAGGGUUACAGUGAUGUCUCUAGCUAAUGGGUCUAAUUUCACUAUCCUGUUUGGUCAGGCCAUGGUGAAGAUGGGAGCUGUAGAGGUCCUUACUGGAACACAAGGUCAGAUUAGGAAAUCAUGCCGGGCCAUUAUUACUGAUCAAAAUGGAGAAGGAAAAAAUUGGUUCCCAGUGCACGAGGCUUCCCGCGUUAAUUCUGACCGAAAUGAAGAAGGAAGAAAAGAGCGUUUCAAUGCACAAGGCUUCCACCAUUAA